AUGGUUGGGCAGAGUUGUGUUCAAGGACGGAACACAUCGGCGAAGAUGCGGGUAAUCGCGUCACGCGAUGACAUCAGCCCGCCGAUUAAGUCAAGUAAGUCAGUGCCUAGUCUCAUGAAAGAAUUUCUUAAACUCUACAUGAAUAAACAAGUGAUUGCUGCUGAAGGUGAACAAAAAGCUUCAAGAUCUCUUCGCGAAGCUGCGUCUGUGAUUGCAUCUACACCAGCUGCCCUACAACUACGAUAUCUUCAAACGUUGAACAGUGUAGCAGCAGAAAAGAACUCUACGAUUAUCUUUCCGUUACCUAUGGAGCUGGUUCGACAUCUGAUCAAUGGAUAA